AUGGCCACAGAUGGCGGCGGCUAUGUGGCCGACCUGGGAAGUCGGAGUCUUCUUCGCCUUGUGUCUUUCUGCGUCCUACUGGCAGUUUGUCCCAUCAAUAAAGUGAAACUAAGGUUUGUGUGAAGGAAACUCAGUGGAGAAGAAGAUCUACAUCCCCUUAAAUAAAACAGCUCCCUGUGUCCGUCUGCUCAACGCUACUCAUCAGAUUGGCUGCCAGUCUUCCGUCAGUGGGGACACAGGGGUUAUCCACGUAGUACAGAAGGAAGAAGACCUACAGUGGGUGUUGACCGAUGGCCCUAACCCCCCUUAUGUCGUUCUGCUGGAGGGCACGCUCUUUACCAGGGGGCAGGAUGUCGGGCUGCCUGAUAACCUCCCUGCCUUUGUUCAUGGCAUUUUCACCCUAUUCCAGGAAUCUGAUGGAGAAGCUGAAGGGGAGAACCAGCCGAAUUGCUGGUCUUGCAGUGUCUUUAGCCAAGCCCAGUCCUGCCUCAGGCUUCUCUCCUAGUGUGCAGUGUCCCAAUGAUGGGUUUGGUGUUUACUCCAACUCCUAUGGGCCAGAGUUUGCUCACUGCAGAGAGAUAGCAUGGAACCCCCUGGGCGAUGGCUUGGCUUAUGAAGACUUCAGUUUCCCCAUCUUCCUUCUUGAAGAUGAAAAUGAAACCAAUGUCAUUAAGCAGUGCUACCGCGAUCACAACCUGAGUCAGAACGGCUCAGCACCGGCCUUCCCACUGUGCGCCAUGCAGCUCUUUUCACACAUGCACGCCGUCAUCAGUACCGUCACCUGCAUGCGACGCAGCUUCAUCCAGAGCUCCUUCAGCAUCAACCCAGAAAUCGUCUGUGACCCCCUGUCCGACUACAACGUAUGGAGCAUGCUUAAGCCUGUAAAUACCUCUGAGACGUUGGAGCCCGAUGACAAGGUUGUGGUGGCUGCCACCCGGCUGGACAGUCGUUCCUUUUUCUGGAAUGUGGCCCCAGGGGCUGAAAGUGCCGUUGCCUCCUUCGUCACUCAGCUGGCUGCAGCUGAAGCUCUGCAGAAGGCGCCCGAUGUGACCACCCUGCCCCGCAAUGUCAUGUUUGUCUUCUUCCAAGGGGAAACUUUUGACUACAUUGGCAGCUCAAGAAUGGUCUACGAUAUGAAAAAUGGCAAGUUUCCUGUGCAGUUAGAGAACAUUGACUCAUUUGUGGAGCUGGGACAGGUGGCCUUAAGAAAUUCACUAGAGCUUUGGAUGCACACAGACCCCAUGUCUCAGAAGAAUGAAACUGUACAGAACCAGGUGGAGGAGCUCCUGACCACCCUGGAGAAGAGCGGUGCUGGCGUCCCUACUGUAGUUCUCAGGAGGCUGAAUCGGUCCCAGCCUCUCCCACCAUCUUCUCUGCAGCGAUUUCUUCGAGCUCAAAACAUCUCUGGCGUUGUUCUUGCUGACCACUCUGCUGUCUUCCAAAACCACUAUUACCAGAGCAUUUACGACACUGCUGAGAACAUUAAUGUGACCUACCCUGAAGGGCAGAGCCCUGAAGAGGACCUGAACUUUGUGACAGAUACUGCCAAGGCUCUGGCAGGUGUGGCCACGGUGCUGGGACGUGCACUGUACCAGCUCGCAGGAGGAACCAACUUCAGCGACACCAUUCAGGCCGAUCCCCAAACGGUUACCCGCCUGCUCUAUGGGUUCCUGGUUAGAGCCAACAACUCGUGGUUCCAGUCUAUCCUCAGGCCGGACCUAAGGUCCUACUUGGGUGACGGGCCUCUUCAGCAUUACAUCGCCGUCUCCAGCCCCACCAACACCACUUACGUUGUACAGUAUGCCUUGGCAAAUUUGACUGGCAAGGUGAUCGACCUUACCCGAGAGCAGUGCCAGGAUCCGAGUAAAGUCCCCACUGAAAACAAGGAUCUGUACGAGUACGCUUGGGUUCAGGGCCCUCUGAAUUCCAAUGAGACAGACCGGCGUCCCCGGUGUGUGCGUUCCACGGCACGACUCGCCAGGGCCUUGUCCCCUGCCUUUGAAUUGAAGCAGUGGGGCUCUACUGAAUACUCUACAUGGACUGAGAGCCGCUGGAAAGACAUCCGCGCCCGGAUAUUUCUGAUAGCCAGCAGAGAGCUGGAGUUUAUCACCCUGAUGGUGGGCUUCGGCGUCCUCAUCUUCUCUCUUGUCGUCACCUACUGCAUCAAUGCCAAAGCCGAUGUCCUUUUCAUUGCUCCCCGGGAACCAGGAUCUGUGUCUUACUGAAGAGGACCCCAGCUUUUCCUGCCAGCUCUGCAGUUCACUUCCUAGAUCAUCUAUCCCACUGGGACAUAAACCACUAGUUUGUCACUGGAACCUCUCUGGGCCUGGCUCGGACUGACAUUAACAUAAAGUGGAACUGCCCAAAAGAGACAGUGAGAGAGAAACGAGUUACCUGCCGCCCCCAUCUUCCCCUUCCCAUCUCCCCUUCCCUGUGUCUUCUUCCUCACCCCUGCCAAAUCCUGGGAUGACAAAUAGAAGCUUCUUGCUCCUGUUUUGACUCCUAGCUACCUAUCCUACUUUCCGUUCUUCAGGAUCCCUCUUCUUUUUCCGUCCCACCUUAUACCUCCUUCUGCUCCCCGCCCCUCGCCCCCUUCCUGACCAGGAAGGACAUGAAGGGGUGAAUGCCAGGAACAAAGUGCAAGGAAGCCCUGAGGAGGACAGGAGCCAUCUGUGGGCUGAGCCUCCUGUCUCCCUCCUGCUGUCCCGUCUCAAGGCCCUUAGAUGGCACGUCAGGGUGGGUGUGCUGCUGGGUGGGUAUCCCACCUCCAGCCCACAGUGCUCAGUUGUAAUUUUUAUUAAGCUGUAAUAUCUAUUUUUGUUUUCUUUUUUCUUUUUGUGUGUGUAUGUGUACAUGUAUACAAAUAUAUAAAUAACGAGUCUCAUUAAAACAGACUCUCCCACA